AUGGUGCUUCUGCAAACAUCCCUGAUCUGGGUUGUGUAUGCAAUUGUGAUCGCCAUUCUGAUCAUAGCAGCCUCUUUUCUCAUAUAUACCUACCAGACUCCUCGAGAUCGGUCUAAUCUAGUGACUCUGACAUGUAUUGCUGCCAUCUCCACCCUUCUCGCCACUGUUCUCUUGCUUCCAGUUGAUAUCGCCCUCGUCUCCUCCACAACCUCCUCAGCACUUGGUCGGAGGAAGGAAUGGGCUACCCAGAGUGAAGUAGAUAGGAUUCUCUUCUCCUUGAAAGUCUUAUACUACCUCCUAUAUUCUAUUGAUGCCCUUCUAUGUCUCAUUGUGAUUCCUUUCACGUAUUUUUGGUAUGAAGAGUACGAUGAAGUGGCUACCGAAGCGGGCGAGCAAACAACUGCACAACAGUUUUGGGCAGCUUCCAAGUACACCAUGUGUUUUAUUGCAAUAUCAGCAGUCCUAUUUCUCGUCGGGUUCUUUGUGCCCGUUUCAAAAGAAAAGGCGGGUGGAUUGGACUUUUUCCAACAUUUGCUAUCUGAGAAUCGUGGUGAACGUACUCUCACUUUUGCACUUGGCCUGUUGAUGACCCUCGGAAUGAGCUUGUACAUCUUCUACACCUCCUUUGGACUCGCUUUUCUUCCAGUUAGUCUGAUCAAAACAACGCCCUCAUUUUCAACCUCAAAUUCUGGGGCAGACGCAGCCGUGCAGCUUGUAUCCAAUCGAGAACGACAGCGCCAACUGGAAGGCCGUUGCGGAGGAAACCCGGAACUCUUGUCUUCAAAGGAUAGACGAGAGCUGGAUUCUCUUGCUCGAGAAGAAAGAACCCUGAUUAGACGACAGCGACUAGCUGAUGAAUCUUCAGCAAAUAAUCAGGGCUGGCUUGCGAACUCAUGUCUGAAAAUAAAGGCAUGCCUUCGCCCCUUUCAGCUUCUAGGUAGCAUCGCAUUACUAUUAACCUCCUUGAUAAUAUGGGCCUCCAUGCUUCUGACGGCAAUUGAUAAGGCUAAAAAUUCAUUCUGCAAAUACCAUUGCGGUUAUAUUCUCGCCAACACCAAGAUCUUCAACCCUAUCAACUGGAUAUUGGUCCGAGCUGCCAAUGUGUUUCCAGUUGACUAUGCUCUCUUUACCACCCUUGUUUUGUUUUUGUUCAUCAGCUCAGUUGUUGGUAUAUCUGCUGUUGGAAUUCGGUUCCUUUGGAUCAGGAUUUUCCAAAUCCGCAAGGGCCAUACUUCCCCACAGGCCCUUCUUUUGACAACGGCCAUGCUGAUGUUGAUCAUUUUGGCGCUAAAUUACUCUGUACCCAUGACUAUUGCGCCUCAAUACGCCACUUUUGGGCCGCAAACAUUCUGUGAUCGAAGUCAAGAUGCGUCCGAGAAGCAGCCGGAUUGUACAAAUGCCGAACACCUUAUCAGACCUUGUUCUGAGUUGUCACAAAACAAAGCUGCAAAGCAAGUCUGCACACCAAGUGUUGCCAGCACAAUACUCAAUCGUGUGACAAUGAACUUUCCCUUCUUUGGUGCAAUCUUGUUCUGGGCCCAGUAUUUUUUUCUCGGUAUUUACCUGAUAGUUCUAACCACCUGUCUCUUACGGUCACGAAAAUUGGACGAGCAACAGCUGGACGAAGAUGCCGAAGAAGCCGAGGAAGAAAGCUUACUGGCAAGCACUGGUCGACAAUUUGGUACAACUGGAUGA